AUGGGGAAAAUACUGCCUCCAAAAGUUGGCAUUUUAACAUUAGUGCUAAAAUUAUUAACUCUCUCUUAUGAUUCAGGCGAAGAAAACGUUCUUUCUUAUGAAGCUGUGCAACAAUUGACUAUAAAUUACACCAGACCAGUCAUAAUAUUAGGACCGCUCAAGGAUCGCGUCAAUGAUGAUUUGAUUUCCGAAUUUCCCGAAAAAUUCGGCAGCUGCGUACCUCAUACUACAAGACCGAAGAGAGGCUAUGAAGUGGAUGGUCGAGAUUAUCACUUCGUGGCAUCCCGCGAACAAAUGGAACGUGAUAUUCAAAAUCAUUUGUUUAUUGAAGCAGGACAGUACAAUGAUAAUUUAUAUGGAACUUCUGUAGCUUCUGUUCGUCAAGUUGCAGAAAAGGGUAAACAUUGCAUUUUAGAUGUGAGCGCUAAUGCUAUAAAACGACUUCAAGUCGCACAACUUUAUCCCAUUGCAAUAUUCAUCAAACCAAAAUCAAUUGAAUCUAUUAUGGAAAUGAAUAAACGAAUGACUGAAGAGCAGUCUAAGAAAACUUACGAACGUGCUCUAAAGAUGGAACAAGAAUUUGGAGAGUACUUUACAGCUAUUAUUCAAGGGGAUACACCGGAAGACAUCUACUUGAAAGUGAAGGAAGUAAUUUCUUCCCAAGCAGGUCCUAACAUUUGGGUGCCAUCUAGAGAAGCACUGUGACAAGGUCUGAUGCCUAAAGGGCCCUACACUUCAUGGACUGUUCCAUCGAAACGAAAUUCUCACAAAUCUAAUGGCUCAGUACCUUAAAUGUAAAAACUUUUUAUUGAUUAUAUUUUAAUUGUGUUGCUUGUUUAUUGUUGUAAUAAUAAUGACCUUUGAGUCUUUUUUUAACUUUGCGACUUCUAAAUUUUAUUUAUUGACUGGUUUUUAAACUUUUAACUGAAG